UUGCUAAUCUUUGAUGUUGGUUUGUGCAAAAAUUCAGUUUUAGUUGCAUUUUGGAACUGCGGUGUGCAUCAACAUGACGGCGGCCAGAUUGAUACUUUUUUAUGCUGUGGUGGCUGUCCUUGCAGCCAGCUGCUCAGCUGGCUUAUUGGACCAACUUAUUCCCUCCAUAACGUCCAAGUAUUACUCCCACAUGCCGACCAAGGAUGGUUAUCGCUUUGAACUGAAGGAGCCAAAUGGCAGCACACGCGAGGAGGUGGGAAUUAUUAUGAAUCCAGGCACGCCCGACGAGCAGUUGGUUGUGAUGGGCAUCUACUCCUCGUACGAUGAGAACACUGAUACCGAAAGUAUUACCAUGUACACUGCCGAUAAGGGUGGAUACAAUACGCAGUAUAAAUUUAAGAAGCGCAAGCUAAACUCCGCUGCUCUAAAGUCACUCGCCCAAGGCUAAGAAUUGUGUUCAGUAUGUGAAAUGACUUUUUCAAAUGUGAUGGAUUCGAUUAAAUUAGUUGCAAUUAUGUUUAAGACUUGAAAAAAUCAGCUUUCAUUGGCUAUUAUUUAUUGUAAGCACGAA